AUGGUAAGUAGGAGGAGCUUAGCUCCCAGCCAGCUGGCCAAGAGAAAACCAGAAGGCAGAUCCUCUGAUGAUGAAGAUUGGCAGCCUGGGGCAGUGACUCCUAAGAAACGAAAAUCCAGCAGUGAGACCCAGAUCAAGGAGUGUUUCCUGUCUCCUUUUCGGAAACCUCUGACUCAGCUAUCCAAUCGAUCACCCUGUCUGGACAGCAGUCAACAUGAAGCAUUUAUUCGAAGCAUUUUGUCAAAGCCUUUCAAAGUCCCCAUUCCAAAUUAUCAAGGUCCUCUGGGUUGUCGGGCAUUGGGCCUGAAAAGGGCUGGGGUCCGCCGGGCCCUCCAUGACCCCAUGGAAGAAGGUGCCUUGGUUCUGUACGAGCCUCCUCCGCUGAGUGCCCAUGACCAGCUGAAGCUUGACAAGGAAAAACUCCCUGUCCAUGUGGUUGUUGAUCCUAUUCUCAGUAAAAUUUUGCGGCCUCAUCAGAGAGAGGGAGUGAAGUUCCUGUGGGAGUGUGUCACCAGUCGGCGCAUCCCUGGCAGCCAUGGCUGCAUCAUGGCUGAUGAGAUGGGCCUGGGAAAGACACUGCAGUGCAUCACGUUGAUGUGGACACUUCUGCGCCAGAGUCCAGAGUGCAAGCCAGAAAUUGACAAGGCGGUGGUGGUGUCGCCCUCCAGCCUGGUGAAGAACUGGUACAAUGAGGUUGGGAAAUGGCUUGGAGGGAGGAUCCAACCUCUGGCCAUCGAUGGAGGAUCUAAGGACGAGAUAGACCAAAAGCUGGAAGGAUUCAUGAACCAGCGUGGGGCCAGAGUGCCUUCUCCCAUCCUCAUCAUUUCCUAUGAGACCUUCCGUCUUCAUGUUGGAGUACUCCAGAAAGGAAGUGUUGGACUGGUCAUAUGUGAUGAGGGACACAGGCUCAAGAACUCUGAGAAUCAGACUUAUCAGGCCCUGGACAGCUUGAACACCAGCCGGCGGGUGCUUAUCUCUGGAACCCCCAUCCAGAAUGAUCUGCUUGAGUAUUUCAGCUUGGUACAUUUUGUUAAUUCAGGCAUCCUGGGGACUGCCCAUGAGUUCAAAAAGCAUUUUGAGUUGCCUAUUUUGAAGGGUCGAGACGCAGCUGCCAGUGAGGCAGACAGGCAGCUAGGAGAGGAGCGACUGCGGGAACUUACCAGCAUUGUGAAUAGGUGCCUGAUACGGAGGACAUCUGAUAUCCUUUCUAAAUAUCUGCCUGUGAAGAUUGAGCAGGUGGUUUGUUGUAGGCUGACACCCCUUCAGACUGAGUUGUACAAGAGGUUUCUGAGGCAGGCCAAGCCAGCAGAAGAGUUGCGUGAGGGCAAGAUGAGUGUGUCUUCCCUAUCUUCCAUCACCUCGCUUAAGAAGCUUUGUAAUCAUCCAGCUCUAAUUUAUGACAAAUGUGUGGAAGAGGAUGAUGGCUUUGAGGGUGCCUUGGACAUCUUCCCUCCUGGUUAUAGUACUAAGGCUCUAGAACCCCAGCUGUCAGGUAAGAUGCUGGUCCUUGAUUACAUUCUGGCAGUGACCCGAAGUCGCAGCAGUGACAAGGUAGUGCUGGUAUCCAAUUAUACCCAGACAUUGGAUCUCUUUGAGAAGCUCUGCCGGGCCCGAAGGUACUUGUAUGUCCGCCUGGAUGGCACGAUGUCCAUUAAGAAGCGAGCCAAGGUUGUGGAGCGCUUCAAUAGUCCAUCGAGCCCUGACUUUGUCUUCAUGCUGAGCAGCAAAGCUGGGGGCUGUGGCCUUAAUCUCAUUGGGGCUAACCGGCUGGUCAUGUUUGACCCUGACUGGAACCCAGCUAAUGAUGAACAAGCCAUGGCCCGGGUCUGGCGUGAUGGUCAAAAGAAGACUUGCUAUAUCUACCGCCUGCUGUCUGCAGGAACCAUUGAGGAGAAGAUCUUCCAGCGUCAGAGCCACAAGAAGGCACUGAGCAGCUGUGUGGUGGAUGAAGAGCAGCAUGUAGAGCGACAUUUCUCUCUGGGGGAGUUGAAGGAGCUGUUUACCCUGGAUGAGGCUAGCCUCAGUGACACACAUGACAGGCUGCACUGCCGCCGUUGUGUCAACAGUCGCCAGGUCUGGCCACCCCCUGAUGGUUCUGACUGCACUUCAGAUCUGGCUCAGUGGAACCAUAGCACUGAUAAGUGGGGGAUCCAGGAUGAGGUACUCCAGGCUGCUUGGGAUGCUGCCUCCACUGCCAUCACCUUCGUCUUCCACCAGCGUUCCCAUGAGGAGCAGCAGGGGUUCCACUGA